UCGAAAUAGAGAUCCUUAAUCGGAGUUAGUUUGCGCCAGAUAUUCUGGAUAUUCGUUGGAUUGGAAGUUUUGGCCUUUCCACACACACACAUACAAUGGAUUAUGAUAUGUUCAUUGCAGAUGAUAUGUGUAUAUCUUUUGCAACAUAUUUUAUCAUUUACUGACACGGACAUAACCCUUCCAAAUUAUAUUAAAAGCGCAAGCGCAAUGGCUAAUGUGCAGAACCUGAGUGGGGAAUCACCCAAUGCCACCAAAUCUACGAAUCUUGCGCCAAGUUUUUUUCCAGUUUGAUUCAUUCCGUUUCCGUUCAAUCGCAUUCAAUCGUUCAUUCAGUUUCCACUUCAGUUUCGUGUAGUCGAGUGUUACCCCUCGCUAGCAUACAUUUUUUCAAGUUGAUUUUAAAGUGAACUUUUUCAUCAGGAAGUAAAAUGGCCCUAAAUGUGCCAAACGUGAAAUUCUACAACGGGAACGAAAUUCCAAUUUUCGGUCUAGGAACUUGGAAGUCCCAACCCGGUGAAGUAACAAAGGCAGUUAAAGAUGCAAUUGACAUCGGUUACAGACACAUUGAUUGUGCCCACGUUUACGCAAACGAGAAGGAAGUUGGUGAAGCGAUUAAGGCAAAAAUCGCUGAAGGCGUUGUAAAAAGAGAGGACCUAUUUAUCACUAGUAAAUUAUGGAACACUUAUCACAAACCAGAACUUGUCGAGCCUAUGAUUAAAAAAACCCUGGAGGAUCUUGGCUUAGAUUAUUUGGACCUCUACUUGAUUCACUGGCCUUUUGCCUACAAGGAUGGCUCUGACAAUUUCCCUAAAACUCCAGAAGGCUUGCCUUUGCUCGAUGACAGUGUAGAUUAUCUCGAUACCUGGAAAGCAAUGGAAGCCGUUUUCGCAAAGAAACUAACGAAAAACAUCGGUGUCAGUAACUUCAACUCUGAGCAAAUCGAUAGAUUGCUCAAGAACUCUACAAUUAAGCCAGUCACGAAUCAGAUCGAGUGUCAUCCCUACCUCAAUCAGAAGAAAUUAUCAGAUUACUGCAAAGAAAAGGGAAUCGUCAUUACUGCUUACAGUCCUCUCGGUUCUCCAGACAGACCGUGGGCGAAGCCUGAUGAUCCAAAACUUAUGGAUGACAAAAAACUCCAAGAGCUUGCAAAGAAAUACAAGAAAUCUGUUGCUCAAGUUCUUAUCCGCUAUCAGAUCGAUCGUGGUCAUGUGGUAAUUCCGAAAUCAGUGACAAAAACUCGCAUCGCAGAAAAUAGCGAAGUCUUCGAUUUCAAGCUCACCGCUGAUGAUAUCGCUUACAUCGAUUCCUUCGAUUGCAACGGCAGAAUUUGCCCUAUGUUCGGAACCGAGGUAUCGAAACACUACCCUUUCAACAUUCCAUUCUAAUUGUCACUUUCACGUGACAUCUUAAAAAUAUUACGUUAUAUUUAAUUAAUAUUUUUGGAAAUAUUUUUUUUAUUGAAUAUUCUGUGGCGUAAUAUUUGCGAGAUUUAGUCCCCUGCAUCCAUCAUGUCAAGUCUUCCAGCUGCAAGUUUUCUAAACUCUUUAACACAGUAGAGUCUCAAUUUUUAUUAAUUCAUAAUUUUGUAUUCACGUUCCAAUGGAAAUAAAAAAAAUAUUUAA